AGCUUUGUCCUGUAAACACCGGAAGCUUCACGGCGGACUCAUCUGACAGCUGGGUCAGACAGGAGUUCUUCGGUCCUGCGCGGGCUGUGUUCCGCUGCUCAGGUUUUCGAGCCGAAGCGGGUGACAGAACCGGACCGGACCAAACCACCUCCCCGCAUCGCCCCGGUCCGGUUCGGCCACAAUGGACGAGCAGGCGGGCCCCGGGGUGUUCUUCAACAGUAACAACAACAACUCCGGUUCGGCCGCCGGCGCUGCGCAGCCCGGAGAGUUCGGAGAGGCGGCCCGGGCUCAGUACAGCGUCCCGGGGAUCCUACACUUCCUCCAGCACGAGUGGGUCCGGUUCGAGGUGGAGCGGGCUCAGUGGGAGGUGGAGCGGGCCGAGCUGCAGGCUCAGAUCGCUUUCCUGCAGGGGGAACGUCGAGGACAGGAGAACCUGAAAAAGGACUUGGUGAGACGGAUCAAGAUGCUGGAGUAUGCCCUGAAACAGGAGAGAGCCAAAUAUCACAAACUGAAGUAUGGGACAGAACUGAACCAGGGAGAAAUCCAACCUCCCAUCUAUGAUUCAGAUGAAGGAGACAACAGUGAAACUCACAGUCCUCCACACAGCAGCCAUCAGCUGAGCUGGAAACAAGGACGCCAGCUGCUCCGACAGUACCUGCAGGAGGUCGGGUACACCGACACCAUUCUGGAUGUGAAGUCUCAGCGGGUCAGGGUUCUGCUCGGUCUGACUGGAGACCCCGGGGACAAACCUUUGGAGAGGAGAAGCGAGCCCAUGGUGAACGGAACCGAGCCGUCCUCGCUGAAGGACAGCGGCAUGGUCAGUAAACCCGACAUGUCGGACUCGGCCACCGUGUUGGAGGCGUUCCGGUUCAUCGAGAGCGCUGCAGCAGAGUUCAGUGAUGAAGACGAGGAGGAGGACAGCGAGAUGAAGGACAGAACCAUCCUAGACCUGGCUGCUAUGAGGAGGAAGAUGCCGUCCUCCACACCGUCCUCCACCACCUCCGACCUCAGCGACGACCCAGACACUGAGGAGGCCCUGAAGGGCUUUGWCUUCUUGGCCAAUCAGGACGAGCUGGACGCGUCUCCUGAGACAAAGAGCAGCGAGGACAGUGGAGAGUGGGAGAAAGACGAGUCGUCCCCUCAGGGAGACCUGGGCUGGGACGUGGACCAGGGUCUGAUCGCUCAGCUGAAGGAGCAGUACAAGAAGGAGCGGAAAGGAAAGAAGGGGGUGAAGAGACCAAACCGGUCCAAACUGCAGGACAUGUUAGCAAACCUGCGGGACACAGAGGAGCUGCCCCCCAUGCAGCCGGCCCCCGUCACGCCGCCAUCCCGGUCCGUCGUACCCAGACUCAACGAGCAGGAAGUGGGCCGGCCUGAAGACGAGCCGAUGACCUUCCUGCCGUCGUCUGGAAAGUCCUUCAUUCUGGGCCGUGUGGACGAGGCCGUGUCCAACGAGCUCGGACUGGGAGAGCUGGCCGGACUGACCGUCGCCAAYGAGGCAGAGAGUCUGGGAUUUGAUAUCAACAACAUGGACGCUCUGAGGAAAACCUGGAACCCAAAGUUCACCCUCAGGAGCCACUUUGACUCGGUCCGGAGUCUGGCCUUCCACCCGGUGGAACCGGUUCUGGUCACAGCGUCUGAGGACCACACCUUGAAGCUGUGGAACCUCCAGAAGACGUCRCCAGCCAAGAAGUGUGCUGCUUUAGACGUUGAACCCAUCUACACCUUCAGAGCUCACAGCGGUGCCGUGCUCUGCGUGACGAUGAGCUCCAGAGGAGACCAGUGCUUCAGUGGRGGGGUCGACGGGACCAUCCAGAGCUGGAAUACCCCCAACCCCAACAUCGACCCCUACGACUCUUACGAGUCCUCCGUCCUGCGGGGGGCGCUCUGCGGUCACACGGACUCGGUCUGGGGUCUGGUCUACAGCUCAGCUUAUCACCGCCUCCUCUCCUGCUCCGCUGAUGGAACGGUCCGACUCUGGAGUGCCGCCGACAUCUCGCCAUCUCUGGCAGUUUUUAACGAGGACGKAGAGCUGGGCGUCCCGACCUCGCUGGACCUGGUGAGGUGUGAGCCGACUCACAUGGUGACGUCCUUUAACAGCGGACACAUCGGACUCUUCAACAUGGAGACGCAGCAGCUCCUCCUGAAACUGGACUCUGCUGGACCACCAGAAGCUCAAAGUUCGCUGAGUAAGAUCAACAAAGUGCUGAGUCAUCCCACGCUGCCAAUCACCAUCACGGCUCAGGAGGACCGCUGCAUUCAGUUCUUCGAUAACAACACAGGUAAACUGGUCCACUCCAUGGUAGCUCACUUGGACUCGGUCACAUGUCUCGCUGUGGAUCCAAACGGGCUGUACCUGAUGUCAGGCAGUCACGACUGCUCCAUCCGUCUGUGGAACAUGGAGAGUAAGACCUGCAUCCAGGAGUUCACCGCCCACCGCAAGAAGUUUGAGGAGUCCAUCCACGACGUGGCGUUCCACCCCACCAAGUGUUACAUCGGCAGCGCCGGCGCCGACGCGCUCGCCAAGGUCUUCGUAUGACCUGGAGCUGAGAGGACGGGCGGGGACAGUGAGGCAUGACCCCUCCGAGCUUCGCCUCCCACACCCCUCUGGACACGGGCUGGCCCGCGUUCCAGAACCAGCAAACUCUAGAAAGGAAGGAAAGAAAGAAACAAAGCAUUAAAAUGAGAACGAAACUCAAAUCUUUAGUUUCUGUGUGAAAACUCCUCAAUAAACCCAAACAUCCUGAAGCCUGCAGUGUCUCUGCGCUCGGUGGCGUCUUUGUCUGUGGCAGCUAUGUGGUCAAAAAUGUCUCUGAGGUUGGUGGAGUCUCUGAGGUUGGAGGAGUCUCUGAGGAUGGUGGAGUCUCUGAGGAUGGUGGAGUCUCUGAGGUUGGAGAGGUAUCUGAGGUUGGAGGAGUCUCUGAGGUUGGAGGAGUCUCUGAGGUUGGUGGAGAUCUCUGAGGUUGGAGAGGUAUCUGAGGUUGGAGGAGUCUCUGAGGUUGGAGGAGUCUCUGAGGUUGGAGGAGUCUCUGAGGUUGGAGGAGUCUCUGAGGUUGGUGGAGUCUCUGAGGUUGGAGGAGUCUCUGAGGUUGGAGGAGUCUCUGAGGUUGGUGGAGUCCCUGAGGUUGGAGAGGUCUCUGAGGUUGGAGGAGUCUCUGAUGUCAGGGGAGUCUGAAUUCAGCUGUGUUGUUUUUACAGAAUAUUUGUUUUUAUAUGUGCCUUUAUUCUUCUACAACAUAUUUUAUGGUGUUGGUGAUCCAAUGAAAGCACGAGGUUUAGACUCAGGUUCUGAUGUCAGUCUGAUGGUUUAUGGUCCAGAGUUCUUCCUGCAGCCUAAAACUAAAAUUUUAUUUGGUCCCAUCUUCAGCUGGCUUCCCCUGCAGGUAGAGGUAAAACCUCUGAGCUGCUCUGGGUUUCAGAUGGUUUAAAGCUGGGUUCCUGUUGGUUCACAUGCAAAAAAUCAUCUCUCAAAGAACCAAAGUUCAAUCAGAUUUUCAUAAAAACCUUGUUAUUCUAAAGUUUGUUUACAGACAGGAAGUUGAUGAACAGACAGGAAGUUGAUGAACCUUCGGCUGCUUUGAAUUUCCUGUCAGACGAGCCUGCAGAAAAACUUCUGCUGCCAAGUUUUCCUUUUAUUUAUUCAGGGGCCAAAAUAAUCAAAGAGAUUCUCCUGAGGUGACUCAGCUGAUUGUUGUAAACAACCUCAUUCAUGCUUAGAUCUGUAGAUGCAUUAUAAACUGACCACCUGGAAACAUCCUGGAAACGUCCUGGAAAUGUCCUGGAAACAUGGAUUUAAUAAUUCAGUAGUUUUCUAAAUGUUURAUGUUUCAGACGCAGGUAAAAAAUUUUUAUUCUGUUCUACUUGAAAAGUUCAUGACUUCACGUCUCAGCACUACAACAUGCUUUUAUUUUGAAACUUUCAGAAGUUUUUAUUUUAUCUAAAUCUUGUAAAAAGUUUGAUGUACAGUUUGUGUUGAAACAAAUCUAUUUAUCAACCAGGUGGACAAAAUGAUUUUAAGGGAACUAUUUUUUUUAUUAUUCUUUUUAAAUGAGUGAAGAAAACAAACUUUAAUCUGAAUUCAAUUUUUAGUUUCUGCUUCCUGUCGUGACGUUUCUGUUUGAUCCUGAAAAUGUUUCUGUCAAACAUUAGACCCAAGAGUUUUCUAAAUAAAGCUGUUUUUAAGGGUAAAGUGAAGCAGUUGCAGCUUUUGGCUUCAGAYUGAAACAGAUGAGUUUAGUUUUUAGCUUCAGGAGAAAAGAUUCAGUUUGUCUGAAAGUUUCCUAAAAGAUUUCAUCUAUGUAAAGUAAAUUAAUUGAUUUCUCAGUGAAAAUCCUAAACUGAGCUGGUUCCUGCUAAAUGUUCCCCAAAACCAGAGCUUUUUAUUUCAAACCAGAUUUAGGUGAAAGUUUUAUUGUUUAUGAAUGAAARCUGUUGUUGAUUUUUCAUAUUUAUUUAUUUAAUGUUCAGUUUGAAACACCUGAUGAUUGCUGUAAACGAGCUGAUUUAUCAGAUAAACUGAAGCAGAAACCACUUCUCUGAGCUUUAAGAUGUUUGUUUUUACCAUCAGAGACCAGAAAGCUGACCCCUCUGAGAACUGGUCCAGGGUCAGUCCAUCUGCUGUACAGAAAGUUCACGUGUUUUCAGUCACAGUUUGGUUUCUUCCACACACAAGCAUGACUCAUUUAUGGAAACAAUAAAAGAAAACGUGAUUCUGAA